GUUUGUUAAACCAGAGUCACCCGGUUUUGGCUCCGUCUAUGUCACCACCGCCGCCGCCAGAUUCUGUUGAGCUGACGGUGUUUGGGAUCGUUAAUGAGAACGGAAGAAUGUCUGAUGAGUUCCAGAUUGGGGAUUACGACGCUGAGUCGGCGGAGACGUUGGGAAAUCAGACGGGAAUUGAGACACUAAAUCCACCACGGUUAGAGUUAGUGAGAGGCAAUUCGAGAUGUGUUGGGAAAAAUAUGACGGAGUACAUUCCUUGUUCGGAGAUGAGGUGUGGUUCAACCAUACUAAACUUUGUCGACAUGGAGCUGAUUGAUCAGAUCUCCGAGGUUAAUAGAUUUCAAUAUGAUUCCCGACAUGUAUCAGCUUUGUUGUUCUUGACAUUGGAUGUGGUGUGUUCGUCGGAGGGAUCGAAGAAAUCUUCCGAUGAGGACAAGCGGUUAAUGAGCUUCUCGUAUGACUUGUUGUUUGUGAAACUUUAUUGUGAUCAUAGAGUAGAAUUACAGCCAUAUGGCCUUGUCAACUUAGGGAACAGUGCUCUCGGCCACUUAUAUCAUACCUUAGUAGGGGAUUACACUCUAAAACAUUUUUCCUCGGUUCACUAUAUGUGGUGUCAGUGCAGUCAUCUUGCUGGUAAUUUGAAAUGGCAAAGCUGGGACAUGGAUCAGGGUCUUGGUAUGGCUACUUAUUGGAAGCAUGGUCUAUCUCUUCUAUGGCCGAUCUCACAUGGAUUCGAUGAGAUAUGGCGACUUGGUCUCAGGAGUGAAACUGAACAGGUUGUUCGACAUGCAUCUCCAACUGGGGAAACGGGAAUGCUUGUUGUCGACUCUGUGGUGCCAAGUGGCCCUGCUGAUAAACAUUUGGAGCCGGGAGAUGUUCUUGUUCGGGUGAAUGGGACAGUGCUCACACAAUUUUUGAAUUUGGAGAAUCUGCUUGAUGACGGAGUUGGCCAGAUACUUGAACUGGAGAUUGAAAGGGGUGGACAACCACUAUCUGUUAGUGUAUCAGUACAAGAUUUACACUCAAAUCACUCCAGACCACUUCCUGGAAGUAAGCGGUGCUGUAAUUCAUCCGUUGUCUUAUCAGCAGGGUUUACUGUCAGGGCUCGCAAUUUUCGUUUUCCUUGUGGCCUGGCAUAUGUUGCGGACCCUGGAUACAUGCUAUUUAGAGCUGGGGUCCCUCGACAUGCUAUCAUAAAGAAGGUUGCUAAUGAGGACAUUUCCGGUCUUGGAGAUUUAGUAUCUGUUCUUUCAAAGCUUUCUAGGGGUGCUCGUGUUCCCUUGGAAUAUAUGUCUCACACUGAUCGUCAUCGCAAGAAGUCUGUGUUAGUCACGAUUGAUCGUCAUGAAUGGUACGCUCCUCCUCAGUUGUAUACCCGUAAUGACAGCUCUGGUUUAUGGGAUGCGAAACCUGCAAUUGAACCUGCUUCUGUUUCACCGUCUAUUGGUAAUAAUGGGUUGCCUAUAAGCCAAGAUAUUUCUCUAUGCCAUCACGAUACAGAACCCAUGCAUGAAGUGAAUGUUCGUGGGGUUACUGAUAUUGCAGCUAUUAUGGAAGCCUCUAGUGGGGAUGGUUCUCAGAAUGAUUUUGGCUCAGAAGCAAAGAAACAAAGAGUUGACGAUGAAUCUUUAGAUGGGAUUGCUUCAAACGGUUCCUUAUAUGGCAGUGAAUUUAAAUCUGAUGAUGCAAUGGCAACAGAUAGUACAGUUUUAAGAGACUUCGAAGGUGCAACAGCACUGCCUGCUAAUGCUUCAUUGGCUGAGCGUGCUAUUGAGCCUGCUCUUGUCAUGUUUGAGGUUCAUGUACCACCACCAUGCAGUCUUGAUGGUGUACACUCCCAACAUUUCUUUGGGACUGGCAUCAUAAUAUAUCAUUCUUCUAGCAUGGGACUUGCUGUGGUGGACAAAAACACUGUUGUGAUUUCUGCAUCUGAUGUUAUGUUGUCCUUUGCUGCUUUUCCAGUCGAGAUUCCUGGAGAGGUAGUAUUUCUUCAUCCUGUUCACAACUAUGCUCUUAUUGCGUAUAAUCCGUCAGCAAUGGAUCCUGCCAGUGCUUCAGUCAUUCGUGCAGCUGAGCUACUACCUGAACCUGCACUCCAACGUGGAGAUUCAGUCUAUCUUGUCGGAUUGAGUAGGAACCUUCAAGCUACAUCAAGAAAAUCUAUUGUGACCAAUCCAUGUGCAGCGUUAAACAUUGGGUCUGCUGAUUCUCCCCGCUACAGAGCUACUAAUAUGGAAGUAAUUGAGCUUGAUACAGAUUUUGGUAGCUCAUUUUCAGGGGCGCUGACUGAUGAGCAGGGAAGAAUCCGGGCUAUUUGGGGAAGCUUUUCGACUCAGGUUAAAUAUAGUUCCACUUCGUCAGAAGACCAUCAGUUUGUCAGAGGUAUCCCGGUAUAUGCAAUCAGCCAAGUCCUUGAAAAAAUCAUAACCGGUGGAAAUGGACCAGCUCUUCUCAUAAAUGGUGUCAAAAGGCCAAUGCCACUUGUUCGGAUUUUGGAAGUUGAAUUGUAUCCUACUUUGCUUUCAAAAGCACGGAGUUUUGGUCUGAGUGAUGCAUGGAUCCAAGUCCUAGUCAAGAAGGACCCUGUUAGACGUCAAGUUCUGCGUGUUAAAGGUUGCCUGGCAGGAUCAAAAGCUGAAAACCUUCUUGAACAAGGCGAUAUGGUUCUGGCAGUCAAUAAGAUGCCAGUUACAUGCUUCAAUGACAUAGAAGCCGCUUGCCAAACAUUGGAUAAGGGUAGCCACAGCGAUGAAAAUCUCAAUCUAACAAUCCUUCGACAGGGCCAAGAACUGGAACUCGUAGUUGGAACUGAUAAAAGAGAUGGGAAUGGAACGACAAGAGCGAUAAACUGGUGCGGAUGCGUUGUUCAGGAUCCUCAUCCUGCGGUUCGUGCUCUUGGAUUUCUUCCUGAGGAAGGUCAUGGUGUCUAUGUCACAAGAUGGUGUCACGGGAGUCCCGCUCACCGAUAUGGCCUCUACGCACUUCAAUGGAUUGUGGAAGUUAAUGGGAAGAAGACUCCUGACCUAAACGCAUUCGCAGAUGCUACCAAGGAGCUAGAGCACGGGCAGUUUGUGCGUAUAUGCGAUUUUAACUAUGGUUCUUCAGAAUGUGGAGGAGGAGCUUCAGAAUGUGGUUCAUGCCGUUGAUCAGAUGACAACAAAGACUCCUUCACAAGUUUGAAAAGCUUACACAAGUGUGACCAAAGCUCUGAAUCUUUAUCCUGGAGUAAUUGAAGAAAAUGACAGCAUAAUAAAUCAGCCAGAAAAAG